AUGAAGUUCGUUUCCUCCCUCGUCGUCCUCAGUCUUUCUGCCCAGGCUCUUGCGAGCCCUUACGUCGAUCACCACGCUACCAAGGACCAGCGUGAUAUAAAUGUUUUCAAGCAGGUCCUCAACAAAAUUGGCAAUGCCUUCUCGCACACUUCUAUUCCCCAGGCUACCAAGGUCAAGCGUGAGGCUACCAAGGUCCAGCGUGAUAUUCGUAUUUACCAGUCCUACCUCAGCAAGCUUGACCAGGGUGUGCAACAGCUCAACACCGAUAUUAAUAAUUACCAGGGCGGAGAUGCUGGUGUUCUUAUCACCGACAUUGAUACAAUUCUCACGACGACUAAUGAAGCUAGUUUUUAUGUCGGUACUCAGUCGCCCCUGAUGCCACGUGAGGUCUUUCAGCUUGUUAGCCUUGUUCAGCAAUUCAAAACACAUAUACUGGCGACUGCCCAAGCCUUUAUCUCUAAGAAGGACCCUCUUAUUGCUUCCGGUUUUGGUCCUCGGAUUGUGGCGAUACUUAAGAAACAGCAGGAUGCUACCAAGACACUCGGUGCCGCAAUGUACACUAAGGUUCCCUCCCAAUACGCCGACCUUCCCAGAGAGUUCGCCUCUAAGAUAGUCCAGGCUAUACAGAAAGUUAUUGAUGCCUUAUCCCCUGCCACCACCCCCACCAGCGCUAGUUCCUCCACAGCCUCUACGACUACCCCUACCCCUUCUCCUUACCCUUCUCCAUCCACUUUAUCCUCUCUCUCUACAGUCUCUAUAACUACCCCUACCUCCUCUCCUCACCCUUCUCCAUCCUCUCCCUCCACAGCCUCUACGACUACCCCUACCCCCUCUUCUCCCCCUUCUCCAUCCUUUCUAUCCUCUCCAUCCUCUCUCUCUACAACCUCUACAACUACUAAUACCCCCUUUCCUCCCCCUUCUCCACCCUCUCCAUCCUCUUCCUCUACAGCCUCUAUAACUACUGAUACCAUCUCUCCUCCCCCUUCUCCGCCCUCUUCAUCCUCUCCAUCCUCUCCCUCCACAGUCUCUAUAACUACUGAUACCCUCUCUCCUGAGUCUCCUCCCCCUUCUCCGCCAUCUCCGUCCUAUCUAUCAUCUCUUCCCGCUUCUACGUCUGAAGACACUCUUGUUCCUGCCACUUCCUCUGCUCCCGCUACUUCCGUUGGUCCUGAUUCUUCCAUGGUCUGGCCUACCUCUACCGCCGGUGGUGCUAUGGACAGCAGUACUUCGCCCACCGUCCCUUUUUUCACUGGCGCUGCCAGCGCUAACCAGGUCAGCGGCGCGGUUGGUCUUGCUGCCGGUCUCCUUGCUGUCCUUGCCUUUUAA